AGGACGCCUCCUGAACCACUCGAGAUCAUAGGGAGGAAAGAAAAACUGAAACAGUUGGCCGUUACCUAUGAGAAAGUGCCAGUGAAUUGGGACACUCAUAUUGAUUAUUUUCUUAGUAAGGCUAGCGGUAGGUUAUAUAUUAUAAGAAUAUGCAAAUAUUAUGGCUACUCUAUUGAGAAUUUGGACUUACGUUUUCAAAGUUUGAUCCUUUUAGUGUUCACAUAUGCUAUUGAGGUCUGGGGGUGCGCUCUUUAUAGUAAAUAGUUAAGUAGAAUUGAUAAGCUCUUUGCCAGGUACUAUAAGUUUGGCUACUGCUUUAAGCAGGACAUUCCUCGUAAUAGAGAUAUAAAGUUAUGGCAAAGGAUCUCUUCCAUUAACACUGCCUUGAGCGAUCUUUUAUAUCCCCAGAGAACACGGCUGAUGAGAACUAGGUCCCAUAAUUAUGUUCUACCUAAUGUCCGGACAAGUCGUUUUAAGUCAGUUUUUAUUAAUAGUUGUCUCUUAAAUAGUAACUAA